GGCCCUUUGUCCUGAAUUCCAACUGAAAGAUGGCGAAGCGGUCCGAUUUCGCACAGAAGCUGUUGGACGACCUGCGGCUGCGGAAAGAGCGCAUGGCUGCCACUCAGCGAUCCAGCCAUUCGAACUCCAUGGCCGGAGAUGCUUGUGGCUACUCCCAGCAAAGUUUUAGAGGUUGCGAAGAAAUAAAAACACACGGAACUAUUGGCUCCAAACUAGGGAAGAUGCACAAAAACUACAAUGCAGGAAAUAGACCGCUCACAAUUGAAGAGGCUUCAAAACAGAUUGUUCCCUUUGGAAGAGGGCAAAACUCGGAACAAAUAGGCGAUCUGUCCACGGCCCUGGCGUUUGCUUUUCAGAAUGGAGGAAAACUUGGGAAAAUGGAAUCCACAGGAACCAGUUCAGUGCUGCAUUUCCUUCAUCACAUUGGCAGGAGACAAGCAGAUUUUGGACAGUCAGAAAGACGGGGCACCUUAGUUAGACACCGGUCUUCAACUACCCAGCUCCCUACACUCUCUCCUCUCUAUAUCAAAGAAAUAUCAAAAGGGGCACAAAAAUUAAACCAGAUCCUUAGAGCUUGCACUAAUGGAGUUAACUUCGAUAAGUAUUCAGUAGAAAUUGGAAAGGAACUAUUGAAAGGUGCUAUAGAUUUGGAAGAGUCCCUGCGAAUGCUUGUGAACCUGCAGGAAGCUUCAGACUACAUGAUCAGCACGAAGGGGAAAAGUCAUGUCAGAUUGAUUGAGGUUGAUGGAGAUGACGAAGAGAACACAGAACAAAUACCUGAUGAGAAGCAACUGGACCGGCCAAGGUUUUCCUUUGACAAGCCCUCAAGAAAUUCUCAUGGAACUAGUGUCAUACAGAGGCUAACAGCUCUAAUUUACCCUACAGAAGCUCCUAAGUUCAAAGAAAAGCAAGCUCCAAAAGCCUCAAACUCGGUUUCUCACAAGCGAUCAGCUAGCUGUGGCCCUGAUUUUGGAACUCCUGGAGCAUAUGCAGAACAGAAGAAACACUCCAGUUCCUCAAAAUCCAAAUCAGAAAAAGGGAGACUACCUAAUGUGAUUGCGAGACUAAUGGGACUAGAAGGCCUUCCAGAAAAAGUAGAUUCAAAGAACAAGCAGGAAUCAACCUACAGGCAGAAGAUGGACAGAAAUGCUUUCAAGAAAGCUACACAGGGAAGCACAACAAAGGCUGAAUUGAAGACUAACGAUUUAGACAAUCUGGUACCAAAAAUUGCAAAACAUCAGUUGAUAAGAGCAAGUGAAAUUCCAGAAACCCAGGAUAGAGCAUUGGCGUCUCAUAGAGGAAAAAACCUGGUGAUUGAGAAUGCCAACUUCAACAUGGUGCUUCACCCUGAAAAAUCACCUUGGAGGGACUUGGGAAAUGUGGAGGGUAUGAAGCCAGUGAUUGGAUCAAGAAAGGCCAAUCUCAAAAUGAAUAAGCAACAAAGCAGCAACAUCAACAGCAUGAGUCAGAUUACUGGUAGUCGAAAGGGUAAUCAAGAGCACACAGUCCACACUGAACAGAGAGCCACAGAAAAUGGUGACAUCAAGGACCCCUUCUUUAAGGAUGAGCCACCUUGGGUAGCGCCACAGAAAAGAAAAAGUUUGGAUGAUGCCAAUAUAUUGCAGGAGAAGUCCAGGUACAGAGAAAUCAUGCCUCAAACAGAAAAGAGAAAUUCAAAUGGGCUUCUACCAGGCAAUCAAAAAAGGCCUUGGAAUGAUCCUGAAUUGCAGCAGCAGCAUGUGCUUCAAAGAAAUGAGUCUCAGGAAGAAAAGAGUGAAGCAGAAGAAGCUAAACAGCAGUUUACAAAACAAAAGUUGGAUAUACCAAAACAAAGGGGAAGUGAAUCAAUAGCUAAGAUGUCUUCAAAACCCAUACUUACCACAAUGAAUUUGCCAAAACAACAGCCACAUGUGAACCAAGCCACAUAUAGCAGGAAAAGUUCUACUGAAGCUAUUGAUGCAAUGACGUCCAAAGGGUCAUUAGAUGGCAGAAAUGAAGAUCUUGCUGGGGAUGGAGGCAGCACUAACUUGAAAAUCAGCAUGAAAGAUUCUACGAACAGGAGCUCAGAACAAAAUUCCUCUCCAAGUGACCAAAAACCUGAAUCAGAAAAGGUAAAACCUCGUGCUGCUCAAGUUGUAGAAGAGAAACCAACACGUGUCCCUUCUACACAGAAGAAAGUAGAUAAUAAAAAGAUGUACAAAAGGGAGAUUCCUAGAAAGAUAGAUGAAGUAAUGACUAGAAAAAAAGGAACACCCCGCAAUGUAACAAAGCCAUUGAAGUCACAUCUGCAAAAAACAAAACAGAGAAGGCAAGACAAAAUUGGUGGCUCCAAUACAGCAGAACGCGAGACUGUGAGAAGGUCCAUGAAAGAAAUCACUAGAUCCAAUGAAUCAAAAGAAAGCAUUCAACCAAUGAAUAUUGAAAUAAAAUUGCAGAAGGAAGGUGAGCAGGCAGAUGAAAGCACAAGCUUAAGUGCAUUGCAUGUACCGGCUCCAGAUAUAAGUGGUCAAAACAUAACCUCUACGACUUCCAAUGAUAACCAAGGCCAGGCGACGGCUUUUGGCAGAGAUCAAGAACUGAAGAUUAACAAAAUCAUACCAAGUCCACUUCCUGGAAGCCAAGAAGCAAGCACGGACAUCCCUUACCCUUCACAGCUGGAGCAACAGAAAAUUUCCAAAUCAUGGAUGCAAGAACCACUCACAGAAGAUGAAAACCACCUCAAGCAGGUACUAACACAAAGCCAAGUAUUCCUUAACUCAGCAGAGGCUCUUUUCAAACUAAACAUCCCUGUGGGCAUCCUCAAUGCCGUUGGUCAUAUAUAUCAAUACGAGGACGGCAAGCUUGUAUUAGACUGUGGCUAUGAAGUAAUGAAAAGAAAAGGGAGAAGGUUAGAGCUCAGUGUUCAUCCUUGUGUUAAGACAACAAUCAGUUUUCCCACGAAAAUAAGAUCCUUGGAUGACUUGGUGAAGCAGCUGCACAAAGAUAUCGACAACUUAAGAUUUUGUGGCAGAGAUGGGAUCAAUGAGUGCGACACUUCUGACUACCUAUACAAAAUGCUCGAGAACGAUUUACACGGCAAGGAUCCAGACGUGAACUGUAUGUGGGACUUGGGUUGGAAUGAGAUGGCACUCACAUUUCUUGAAAAGGAUGAAGUUAUAAGAGAUGUGGAGAGACACAUGCUCAAUGGGCUCUUAGACGAGAUAGCUAGAGAGUUCUUAUAUUAAGAGUAUCUGUUUGAUUAAAACAUGAAAUAGUUUGAGCAAAUCAAGUCGUCUUUUUUUAAAAAAAAAAAAAAAACAAUUGUAUAUCACAAAUUGAGUUUCGAGUUGCUACAUGUGGUUUUGUAAAGAGAAAGAAAGGUUAUCCUCGUUUGCGGAUUCCCAUUUCA